AUGGAAACCCGCGCGCGCGGGUUCGGGUCUCUUCUGGAAGGAAAGAAGCGACAUCACAGUGCGCGUGCGCACGCUUCUGCACGCUCCAUUUAUUCGCUCGCGAGCGUCGGAUUUGUUCACUGCUGCGGUGUCGAAGGAGUGAAUAACGGGAAGCAAGAUGCGGAUUCAUUCGCGGACUGGAAAGAUGGACCUGAAGGUGCCAGCAGUUGUUCGUGGUCGUCACCUGUGAGCGAAUCUCACCCGGCCAGUGAUUCCGCGUCCACUUCGCCCACCCAGACGACCUGCACUUUCUGGAAGCGACGCCUGUUACAGCGUCACGUUCAACAGAACAGGCGCACUCAACUUAUCACGAUUUCUUCGGUUGCCGAAGAUUCAGAGGAAAAAAAAACGUGGUGUGAAGAGCGAGGAUUCAAUUCUUGGGGAGUGCCUUCAUUUUGCAGUCAUUCAGCAACAGAUAAACUUGGACACCACGACAACGACGAUCGUCUGUGUCAACUUCAGAAACAUCAGCAACAGCAAGAUCAACGUGUCCCAGGCUCACCUACCUGCUCCUCCAGCAGCGUCAGCACCAACGAAGACGAGGACUCGUCCAACAACGAGCAGCUCAGAAGACAAAAAAGACGAAGGUUGUUGCGCCUCAGGCGGCGACAUCUGUUGGGGAAAGUCGGUGCGAUGCCGUGGUCUUACCUCGCUUUGCACCACCACCACCAACAACAACAACAGAAUCAAGUGCAACAACAGCCCCAUAAUCAACAACAGCAGCAACUGCUUCAGGAGUAUGGAGAAGACACUUGGCCAGUGGGUGGGAAUAUCGAGGAAGACGAUGAUGACGACGAGGAUGCGGCAUUGUUGGAUUUAUUGGACGCGUGUUGUUUUGAUCGUGACGACUUCCCGGCGGCGGCGGCGUUGGUGUCGUCGUCGUCGACUUCGUGCAUCGCCGUCUCUGCUCCGGCGUGUGAUGCCGACGGCGGCUGUGAUCCUGACCACGGCUUUGCGAACUAUAUGCACGAUGGAGCCAGUGUCAUGUCCGAUUCAGGUCAGUGUUGCUGGAACGGAUCAGACGGACGGACCGAGUUGACAGACCCGGAUGACAGGUCAUCUUGCUCCUCUUCUUGGGCUCCGUUGAUGAGUGACACUCCUGAUGAAAAGCCGGAGAGCAGCAGGUUGCUGGAACUCUUAAUGCGAGACAGUGCUUCUCCCGCGUGGUCCAGCAUUUCGAACAGCACUGACCCAUCUUCCUCAUCUGUCAUGAUGCUCAUGGACGAGGACGGUUUGGGAGCUGCUGCUGCUGUUGGGAGUUCGAUGCUUCGCUGCGAAGACCAUCAUCGUCAUCAUCAUCAUGAGCAGCAGCAACACCAUCACCACCUGCAGAACCACAAUCAAGUGUCCUUGCCGCCGUAUGAUCGAGGGGAUUAUGAUUUGAAUGUUUGCUGGUCUUCACCUUCGCAAUCCGUUGCUUCGGCGGGGUUCUAUGAUCAGGAUGACAGGUCACCUGUGUUCAACGGUGGUUCGUCGGUUUCGACCCCCAGAGGUCAUGAGACAUUCAGAAAACUUGAGCUGGAAAGUUCGGUUGCUGCGGAAUCAUCUGAUACGAUCUGCCGACCGGAAGACACUUGUUGCUGGGAGAUGCUUCCACCAACAUCCGAUGACGGAAGUCCGAGGGAUUCCACGGGCUUGUUGUACCUGCAAAAGCAGUCCAUAGUUGCUGCAAACCCUGUCGUCCCUGUGCGUCCGAUUGCCCCCAAACCGACAGCAAUUGUUGCCCCCCAGCAGGAUUUAUCCCCGGUGAAAGAAGAGCAGAACGGUGCGGCUGGCAACGCUGCCACAAUCAUUGCCCCUGCUGUGUUCUUGCACCAUGUUGCAAGCAAUGUUACUAGUACUACUGGGAAGAGUGCUGCGGAAAAUAAUCAAAUUGGGAGUCAGCAGCAGCAUCAGCCUGCCGUGCUUCUGCUUGCGACGACUGCUUACAAUCCGGCUCAAGCAUUUGGGAGCAACUGUAUCCCAGGGAACUCUCCUUCGACGUGGAUUGGUCAGCUGACACAUUCCAUCGUGCCCCGUAGUGUUGCUGGUGAGGAAGCCCAGCAAACCCAGCAGUUUGGCAGAAUGAAGGGCAAGGAAGAGUGCACAAUUGAGCAGAAUUCAAAUACGGAUCAGCGCAAGCGUGUUUUCGUUUGUACGUACGAUGGCUGCGUCAAGAAUUACUUCAAAUCCUCGCAUCUCAAGGCUCACGUCAGGACUCACACAGGAGAAAAACCGUUCCGUUGCGCAUGGGAAGGUUGCGAGCGGCGCUUCUCGCGCUCUGACGAGCUAUCUCGACACAAGCGGACCCACACGGGCGAGAAGAAAUUCGCGUGCCAUUUCUGCGACAACAAAUUCAUGCGGUCGGAUCACUUGACGAAACACCUCAAACGACACGCCAAACAACAACAGCAGCAACAACGCGAAUCUGUAGGUCAGCGUUUCCAUCCGCAGUCGCGUUCCGGAGCCGACGGCAAACAGAGAUUGCUUCGUCGUGGGGCCCGAUGCUCUGUUGGCAACCCUGUGAGGAACAUUAAACCCGCGCCUGCGAAAAGUAACGUCGGUGCUGCAUCCGGGGUCGUGGUUCAUCAGCCGAUUUUCCAUCUCGUGUUCCCACAACAGCAGCAGCAGCAGGAACAACGGGGUGAAGUCAUGGGAGCGACACCAUGUGGCAGUGAGGUUAAAUAUCAGCCAGUUGCAGUGGCGACUGUUGUAAGACCUACGUGCGGAAGUGUAUGAUGAUGAUGAUGAUGAUGAUGAUUCGCAAAGGAAGUCGCGAAAAAUAAUCGGCCGACGAAUAAUUCUGGGGGGUUCGAAUGACCCGGAAGGAAGAGAAGCAAUAGCUCAUUCUUGCCGGGAAUUGAAGUGCAAUUUUUUUGACCAGCGUUAUUCAAACAGUCAGGGAUGAUUAUUUUUUGCGGACGCAAAAAAUAUGUGAAGGCCUAGUUUUUGCGAGAUGAUUUUUUUGUGUGUUCCAGGAAACAAAAUAAUUGGUAUUGAGAAGAGCUCGAGGUAGGUGUGUGUGUUUUUUAUAGAAUGUGAGAGGAAAUAUUGCAAUGCAGUAUUUCUUACCAAUUUUGACAGCUGUUUCCGUGGUGAGACGAAAUGAUGUGUGAGGCUGUGGGAAUUUUGAGUUUUUGGAAAAACUGAAAAAUUCGUAGUCGAUGUUGGCAAACGGAAAGUGAUGGUGAUUGAACGAGUUGAGUGCUACGUAUUUUUUUCCCUGUGAGUGCAAAAUAUUUUUUUUUGCCAGACCAUGAAUUUUUUUAGCAGUUGAUACGUAUACAAGUACAAGUGCUCAGUCCGUGGAAUGUGUGGCAAUAUGCUGAUAAAAGGCGUUGAUUCCAUA